AUGAAGCUGAUAAUGAUUAAAAUAUUUGUGAUAUUUGCUGUAAUCUCAACAAUCCUAGCAGCUCCGCACAGCCACUCAUCGAACUCAAAUGAAACUGACUCUCACUCAAGUGAGGAGGAUCUAUUCACACCGACAACCAAAAAGCCACUCAAAAAAUGGUUUAAGGAACUGAACAAGUACAUUAAAGCGGCCCCAACGCGAAGUCAAAUCUCAAAAUUAACCAGAAAUGUCGAUCACAAUUGCGUCAAACAGAAACUUAACAUGACUGAGAAUGGCCAAAAAAAUAUCAAUUUUGCUCAAGCUGUCGUGACUGUUGGAAUUGCGUACCUUAAGUGCUUUGAUAAGUCUGAAAAUGCAGCAAUCGGCAAAGCUAUUAUCGACUUCCUGGAACUCUACAAAAGUACAAAUUUUAACAAGUACGGCGACUGUUACUUAAAUGAAUUGAAAAAGUUGGAACCGACUUCACUGCUUGUCGAGAACUUUGAAGCUGAAGACAUGGAACUGACUAAGGAGCAAUGCUACAAGCAUUUAGGUGAGAAUGAAUAUGAAGCAUCGAUGAAGAACCUGGAAAUAUAUUCGGGAGAUUUAGCAACAUUUUCAUGCGGAAACUUCAAAAGUGACGAUUUUAAACUUUUUGGAAUGAAACUUGUCAUCUUAAGUCACGAGGAGGAUGAGGAACUGAAGGAAUCAGAAAUUAACAAUUUGAAGGAAGCUGUUGGAACUAAAGUGAAUAAGAUUUUUGAUUGUGUCAUGGAAAAUAUGUAA